AUGACUUCAGAAGAUCAAUACAUUUUAGUUACUGGUGGAGCAGGUUAUAUUGGCUCACAUACAGUUAUAGAACUUAUAAACAAUGGAUAUAAAGUUAUAAUAGUUGAUAAUUUAUCAAAUUCAUCAUAUGAUGCAGUUGCAAGAAUUGAAUAUAUUACUAAAACUAGUGUGUUGUUUUACAACAUUAAUAUCAAAAAUUCAUCAGAAUUAGAUAAAGUGUUCAAAAAUCAUAAAAUUUAUGGUGUUAUACAUUUUGCUGCAUUGAAAGCUGUGGGAGAAAGUGGUGAAAUUCCAUUAAAAUAUUACGAUAACAAUGUUGGUGGUACUAUUUCAUUAUUGAAUGUAUGUAAUGAUAAUAAUGUUAAAACUGUAGUUUUUUCAUCAAGUGCUACAGUUUAUGGUGAUGUUACAAGAUUUGGUGAUGAUAGAUAUAUUCCUAUUCCUGAAGAAUGUCCAAUGGAUCCUACUAAUCCAUAUGGUAAAACUAAAUAUGUUAUAGAACAAAUAUUAAAAGAUUUGUAUAAUAGUGAUGAAAUGUGGAAAGUUGCCAUAUUGAGAUAUUUUAACCCAAUUGGUGCUCAUCCUUCUGGUUUACUAGGUGAAGAUCCUUUAGGUAUUCCUAAUAAUUUAUUACCUUAUUUAGCUCAAGUAGCUAUAGGUAGAAGGGAAAAAUUAUCAAUAUUUGGUGAUGAUUAUAAUUCUCAUGAUGGUACUCCCAUAAGAGAUUAUAUACAUGUUGUUGAUUUAGCAAAAGGUCACAUUGCUGCUUUAAAUUAUUUAAAAGAUCUUGAGGAGAACCAACCAAAAAAAGGGUUAUAUAGAGAAUGGAAUUUGGGAACUGGUAAAGGAUCAACUGUAUUUGAUGUAUAUAAUGCAUUUUGUAAAGCUGUUGGUAAAGAAUUACCAUAUGAAAUUGCAGGUAGGAGAAAAGGUGAUGUUUUAAAUCUUACUGCUAAACCUGACAGAGCCAACACCGAACUUAAAUGGAAAACUGAGUUGAAUAUUGAUGACUCAUGUAAAGAUUUAUGGAAAUGGACUACUGAGAAUCCAUUCGGGUUUGAAAUUAAAAAUUAUAAAUGGGAAAAAUUCAAUGAUUUAAACAACAGAUUACAUACUUUUACCUUGGGGGAUUUUAAAGUUAAAUUUUGUAAUAGAGGAGCAUUAAUUCAAAGUGUUAAAGUAGGUAGUGAAGAACUAGUUCUUGGUUUUGAUAAAUCAGAGGACUAUGAAAGUGAAACAAAUCCUUAUUUUGGUACAACUAUUGGUAGAUUUACAAAUAGGAUCAAAAAUGGAGAAUUUGAAUUGGAUGGUAAAACUGUUAAAUUAACAUCAAAUGAAGAUUCUAAUACAUUACAUUCGGGUUCAAAUGGAUUCGAUAAACGAAAUUUCUUUGGACCGAUUGUUAAGUUUAAAGAUAACAAGUUUGAUAUUAAAUUUAAGUUAGUAGAUCAAGAUGGUAAUGAUGGAUUUCCAGGUGAAUUAGAAACCACUGUUAAUUAUGUGGUUGAAAAUGAUCCAACGCCAGCAAUAACUAUAGAAUAUGAAAGUAAAUUAUUAUCACAAGAAUUCACAAUUAUUAAUUUGACAAAUCAUAGUUAUUUCAAUUUAUCUAAAAAUCCAACUAUUGACAAUACUGAAAUUAAAUUUUUCACAAAUAAAGUAUUAGAGUUAGAUUCAAAUGGAUUGCCAACUGGUAAAAUAGUCACAAAAGACACUUUACCAACAAAAUUAACUUCAGAUACAAAAUUCGAUGAUUGUUUUGUUGUAAAUGAAACAAGUGAAAUAGAUACAAGGUCGAAUCAGCUUAAAAAAAUAUUUGAAGCAUCACCUCCAGACUCAAGUAGAAAAUUAACAAUAUCAACAACAGAGCCAAGCUUUCAGUUCUAUACAGGUGAUGGAAUAAAUACCACAGGGUUUGGUAAAGGAAGUGGAUUUUGUAUUGAACCUUCGAGAUUUGUUGAUGCAAUUCAUUUGCCAGAAUAUCAUAAGCAAGUUAUUUUAAAAAAAGGAGAGGUUUAUGGUGCUAAAUCUAAAUUAGAGUUUUCUAAAAAAUAA